AUGGAGACUUACAAACCGAAGAAUAUUCUGAUCACUGGUGCAGUAGGCUUCAUUGCUAGCCAUGUUGCUAAUAGGCUCAUCAGGACAUAUCCUGAUUAUCAUGUGACUCAUGUCGACAACUCGUUCGGGAACAGUUUCGAGUUUACCAAGAACAAUAUUUAUGGAACUCAUGUUCUUCUUGAGGCUUGCAAGCAAAAGCUGGUGCUGAAGGUGAUAGCCUAUGGAAGAUCAUAUGGUUUACCUGUGAUAACCAUAAGGCAAAACAAUGUUUAUAGACCAAAUCAGUUCCCUGAAAAACUGAUUGCGACGUUCUUACUCUUGGCAAUGAAGAGAGAGAAUUUUCCUAUUCAUGGCGAUGGAUCCAAUGUUUGGAGUUACCUUUAUUGUGAAGAUGUUGCAGAAGCAUUUGAAAUCAUCCUGGACAAGGGAGAAGUUGGUCAUGUCUAUAACAUUGGAACUAGCAAGGACAAAAUGGUGCUUGACAUUGCGAGGGAUAUUUGUAAGUUUUUCUCAAUCAACCCCGAAGAUGUUAUCAAGUUUGUGGACAACAGGCCCUUCAAUGAUCAAAGGUACUUUUUGGAUCAUCAGAAGUUACAAGACUUGGGAUGGUCCGAGCGGACGAUAUGGGAGGAAGGCCCGAGGAAAACCAUGGAGUGGUAUGUUAACAAUCUAGAUUGGUGGGGAGAUGUUUCUAGGACAUUGGUUCCUCACCCAAGGAUGCUAAUGAUGCCUGGAAAUGGAAAGAACAACUCUGAUGUAUGUUCUGAGUCUUAUGUGCAGAAAAAUUCUACUCAGAAGGGAAUGGUUGUUCCAGCUGUUAAGAACAACUCUUCCAUCCAGAAACCAUCCCGGAAAUUCCUUAUUUAUGGCAGAACUGACCAAAUGUUUGAUUGGUACGAGUCUCAUAAACUAGGGAUGAUUCAAACCAAUGUUGCCUGUACCUUAACUUUGGCAGAUGUCUGUGGAGAGCAUGGGCUGCUUAUGUUGAACUUUGCUACGGGCUGCAUUUUUGAGUAUGAUUUUGAUCAUCCCUUGGGGAUAGGCAUUGGAUUCAAGGAAGACGACAAGCCAAAUUUCACUGGUUUAUUAAAAAACCAAGGCCAUGGUUGA